GGGUCCCCGGGAACCCCUCUCCGAGAGGGCAGACCGCCCCCCCCUCCUUUCUGCACCCCGCCGGGGAGUCCCUGAAGUCGCCUUCCGCUCCCUGGGGGUUCUUGAUUUACAUAUAAAACAUCGCUUGGAGUUUUCGCCUCCUAGACCUGCCCUGGACUGGCUGCACAGGUUGACUUUUUCACCAUGAUCCCCUGCAGAGCAGCGCUGUCUUUUGCCCGAUGUCUGAUCAGGAGAAAAAUCGUUGUCAUGGACGGCCUGGAAGAUUCCAAAUUAAGCCGUUGCUUAUCCACCAUGGACCUCAUUGCCCUGGGGGUUGGAAGUACCCUCGGUGCUGGGGUUUACGUCCUGGCUGGGGAGGUGGCCAAGUCGGAUUCAGGCCCCAGUAUCGUCCUGUCCUUCCUCAUCGCCGCCCUGGCUUCGGUGAUGGCCGGCCUCUGCUACGCUGAAUUUGGGGCCCGAGUUCCCAAGACGGGGUCCGCCUAUCUGUACACGUACGUUACCGUUGGCGAGCUGUGGGCCUUCAUCACCGGCUGGAACCUCAUUUUAUCCUAUGUGAUAGGUACAUCAAGUGUUGCAAGAGCUUGGAGUGGCACCUUUGAUGAACUUCUGAACAAACAGAUUGGCCAGUUUUUCAGGACGUACUUUAAUAUCAAUUAUACCGGCCUUGCAGAGUAUCCGGACUUCUUUGCCGUCUUCCUCAUAUUGCUUCUAUCAGGUCUUCUAUCUUUCGGGGUAAAAGAGUCUGCUUGGGUGAACAAAAUCUUCACAGCUGUCAACAUCCUGGUCCUUCUCUUUGUUAUGAUUGCUGGGUUUGUGAAAGGAAACGUGGCCAACUGGAAGAUUAGUGAAGAAUUUCUCAAGAAUAUAUCAGCAACUGCCAGAGAGCCGCCCUCUGAAAAUGGAACAAGUCUCUACGGGGCCGGUGGCUUCAUGCCGUACGGCAUUGCGGGAACGUUGGCCGGGGCUGCAACCUGCUUUUAUGCCUUUGUGGGAUUUGACUGCAUUGCAACAACUGGUGAAGAGGUCCGGAACCCUCAGAAAGCUAUUCCUAUCGGAAUUGUGACUUCUCUGCUUGUUUGCUUCAUGGCCUAUUUUGGGGUCUCUGCAGCUUUAACACUUAUGAUGCCUUACUACCUCCUCGAUGAAAAGAGCCCCCUUCCUGUAGCAUUUGAGUACGUCGGAUGGGGUCCCGCCAAAUACGUCGUGGCUGCGGGCUCCCUCUGUGCGCUGUCAGCAAGUCUUCUUGGAUGCAUUUUCCCAAUGCCUCGUGUAAUCUAUGCUAUGGCGGAGGAUGGGUUGCUUUUCAAAUGUCUAGCUCAAAUCAAUUCCAAAACGAAGACACCAAUAAUUGCUACUUUAUCAUCGGGUGCGGUGGCAGCGGUGAUGGCGUUUCUUUUUGACCUGAAGGCACUCGUGGACAUGAUGUCCAUCGGCACUCUCCUGGCCUACUCUCUGGUCGCAGCCUGCGUCCUCAUCCUCAGGUACCAGCCCAGUCUGUCGUACGAGCAGCCCAAAUACUCCCCUGAGAAAGAAGCUCUGGAGUCGUGCGCCGGGGCGGACUCGGAAAGCGCGUCCCAGGUCACCAUGCUGCAGGGACCCGGUUUCAGCCUGCAGACCCUCUUCAGCCCCUCGGCUCUGCCCACAAAGCAGUCGGCUUCUCUCGUGAGCUUCCUGGUAGGAUUCCUGGCCUUCCUUGUGUUGGGCCUGAGUAUUCUGACCACGCACGGUGUCCAGGCCAUCGCCAGGCGGGAAGCGUGGAGCCUGGCCCUCCUGGUGCUGUUUCUUGUCCUCUGCAUUGCCAUCGUCCUCACCAUCUGGAGGCAGCCCCAGAAUCAGCAUAAAGUAUCCUUCAUGGUCCCAUGCUUACCAUUUCUGCCAGCGUUCAGCAUCCUGGUGAACAUUUACUUGAUGGUCCAGCUGAGUGCGGAGACUUGGAUCAGAUUUAGCAUUUGGAUGGCGCUUGGUUUCCUGAUUUACUUCACUUACGGCAUUCGGCACAGCCUGGAGGGGAAUUCGAGAGAUGAAGACGAUGAUGAAGACUCGUAUUCAGACAACAUGAACGCAGCAACCAAAGAAAAAGCUGCCAUUCAAGCAAAUGACCAUCACCAAAGAAACCUCAGUUUACCUUUCAUACUCAGUGAAAAGACGAGCGAAUGCUAACGCUUGUAGGAGCCGAACAGGUCAUAGUCUUAAUGUAUGUAUCCUACACUGAGCGAACCAGCAGGAUGUCAUCACCAUGCUAACUUGUCCAGGGUUUGCUGCAGACAUAGUUCACCCUAAUUUAUACUCCCCUGGACAGCACCUCCUCAGGUGGUGGAUUCCACUGGGGAAACCUGAGCUCUCUCCUAGUGCUAUCUCCCAGUGUGUGUGCAUGUGUGUGUGUGUACAUGUGUGUCUGUGUUGGUAGAAGUUGUUGGUGUUUUACUGCUAUUGCUUUCCAUUUUUCCAGUGUUUGUCAUGAUUUGGGGUCACAUGGUACACAUACUGAAAUGGAGGUAAUCACUGAAUCAAAGAGUGUUUUGUAUGUGCGUGGUAUUGUCAGGGAAAUGACUGCUGCUCUUCCUUGUUAGAUUUCAUUAAUGUCAACUUAGAACAGGCCACAGAUGCAGUUCCUCAUCUGGGAGUCCGUCAUUGGUUAGGAGUAAGAGGCGGGGUAAGACAUGAGCCUUGUCUAUAACUUACAAAUGCCAAAUUACAAAUUACUUUUAAUUCCGUCCUUGUUCUAAAAGUCACUUAAAAUAAGCCAAUAGCGUCUCCCAGAUCACACAGCUGGUGGAAUGGUUCAUACUUUUUCCCAUUAUUUAAAAACUAAUCAGACAAAGAAUUCACUCCUCUCUUUCUACCAUUAUUUUGCCUUUGAAAGAAGGGAAAUUCCUCUGUUCUAAUUUUAAAGUGCCUAUUCAGAUAUUAGAGAGCAUUUGGCUUAAUUCAAGGCAUUCAGAUCUGAUUUGGCUGUUCCUUUUGGAAACAUUUAGGGAUGUUUUUCGUCCCCCACCCCAUAGUAGUUUAGCACUUUUAAUUUCAUUUAUUUUUAAAUGGUCACACUAAAGCUAUUCAUACUAGCUCCAGUAUUCUAUCAGUGGUUGGCCAAUAAAAUGUUUUGGCUAAAUACAUGAUUGUUUAAAACUUUAAGUUAAAAAAUUAACCAAAUUAAAGCUAUAGAGGACAAUAACCUUUCUAUGAGUAAAUAAUUUGUUUUUUGUAAGAUUCUCUAAAUACCAUAUUUUACUUUGUAGGGUUCUCUGAUAAUAGACUAUUUAUCUGCAGUGUGAUUUGCUUCUCAUGAAUUGUUUUUCUUACAAAUCAUUAAAUGGUCGACCAGAUGAGAGCAAAGGCUCAAUACCUGUAUAGCUGGGUUGCAUUCCCGGGACAAGCGCUGUCAAGCACACCAGUUGGCCAGCCUCAUCCAGAAACAAGGAAAACGUUUCUGACAGCCCUUCUAAGAGAUCAGUUAUUGUAUUGAUGCCAUUAAAAAGCCAGUCGUAGCCCCGACCGGUUUGGCUCAGUGGAUAGAGCGUCAGCCUACAGACUCAAAAAGCCAGUCGUGAUCGAAUUGUCUAACCAAGACUUUGUUGUGGUUAAAUAUCAAACCAACGGGUAGAAAGCCUGGGUUCUGGGCUGCUAGACUCCUGGCGUCCCUGACAUAGAACUCAGUACUGACAUUCCACAAUUCCCGGGUGUUCAUGGCAAAAUCUGCGGCUGAGAAUUCUCUUCCAAGCUGCGUGUUUCCCUGGAGAGGCAGGUGAUAGAGGAGACUUGUACGGACUGUAGCGGUGCUCGGAGACCUUUGCUAUCGGAGCCGUGAGGACCCCUUUUUCCCCAUCAUCAAUCUAGAAUAGGCCCUUCACACAGAGAACGUGAGGUACUUCUUAUAUGAAUAUUUAACUCUUUUGU